AUGGGUGAGGGGAGUGACUUCUCCCCGACGCUCCCGUCUCUGACAAACCGCACAUUUCCUAUUAAAAAGUGCUUCACAUGCACAGUGCACUCUUGUACUUUCUGCUGCUUGGCAGAAAUAUUUCAGCCUGCUGGAACCCCUGUCUAUUUCAGCCUGCUGGAACCCCUGUCUAUUUCAGCCUGCUGGAACCCCUGUCUAUUUCAGCCUGCUGGAACCACUGUCUAUUUCAGCCUGCUGGAACCACUGUCUAUUUCAGCCUGCUGGAACCACUGUCUAUUUCAGCCUGCUGGAACCACUGUCUAUUUCAACCUGCUGGAACCACUGUCUAUUUCUAUUUCAGCCUGCUGGAGCCACCGUCUAUUUCUGUUUCAGCCUGCUGGAAACCCUGUCUAUUUCAGCCUGCUGAAACCACUGCCUAUUUCAGCCUGCUGGAACCCCUGUCUAUUUCAGCCUGCUGAAACCACUGCCUAUUUCAGCCUGCUGGAACCACUGUCUGGACCCAUCUCCUUAGCUGUCCACUAUCCUAAGACUGCUUCAGGGUCCUCUCCUCGCUUUUCUGAAGGAACAGCAACACACUCCAUCCAGUCUCUUAAAUUGGUCUGGCUUGCGCCUCCCUCCUCCUGUGUGCACGGAGUCAGCGGGGCACUUCACCUCCCAGCACAGGGAGGUCAGGAGGAGCUUCAGCAAGGCUCCAGGCCCCAGGUGUUUUCAGAGGCACGGCCCACGUGCGGAGACUCAUUGGCAGCUCUCCCCAAGGUCACAGGAGCAGAGGAGGGACCCAGGCAAACAAUGGAAGAAUCUUCAUACCCUUUCAUGUUUAAGGUUAGCCUUAAUGAUAACCACAUAAGAUGAUAGA